AUGGAAUAUAGUAAAAGACGACGAUAUACAGUUAAUGUUAAAACUAAUGAUCUUCAAGAAAUUUAUCAACAUGACUUACAAAUGUAUAAUUUUGUUCCAAGAGGGGAAAUGCCACUUGCAGAAUUUGAACAAUUAGGCAGAGACAGAUUAAAACGUAUGUAUUAUAAUCACUUGUUUAGAUACAUGAUUCUUUAUUUUAAAAAUUUUGCACAUCUUUUAUAUGCAAAAGGAUGCAAGUCAUCUACAGAAACUGAUUUAGAAUGUAGAAGAAAGGAUCAUAUAUCACAUUUUAUAUUGAGACUAUCACAUUGCCAUGAAUCGGAUCGCCAGAUGUGGUUUAUUAAUCAAGAAGUAGAAUUAUUUAAAUUAAGAUUUAGCUCAUUAGAUAAGGAAGGAAUAGAAAAGUUACUUAGUAUGCAUAAUACUGAAUGUCAGCAAAUCACACAAGAAGAAAAGGAUGAAAUUAGGGAGGAACUUCAUUCAUCAACAUCAUCUACAAAAGUCACAAAUAUUGACAUAUCAGAAUUUUAUAAAGUGCCUUUUAGUAGAGUCACUGACUUAAUUAGGUCACGUCGUGUUUAUUUAAGACAAGGAAUAGCAAUUAUACCACAAGCAGAUUUGGUAUCUUUAUUUGUUUCUUAUUUUAGAAAACAUUUACUUGAUGGCAUGCCAUAUGCAAGAUUAUCUGUUUCACAAAUUUGUGGUGAUGAAAGAUUAGUAUCGUAUCUUAAAUCUAUACCUAAUAUUUCUAAUAAAACAUGUGUUGUUUGGACCACUACUACUACACCUGUAGAUAAAUUGGAUGAGUUAUCAAAGACAUCAUAUCCUUUGUGCAUGAGGACAUUACAUGACGCAGUUAGAACUCACCAUCAUCUUAGAAAUGCUGGACGUAUUCAGUAUGGUUUAUUUAUAAAAGGCAUAGGAGUAACAUUGGAAGAUGCUUUGUAUUUUUGGAAAACAGAAUUCACAAAGAAAAUUGAUGCAGGCAAAUUUGAUAAAGAGUAUGCCUAUACUAUAAGGCAUACCUAUGGCAAAGAGGGUAAACAAACAAAUUACACUCCUCUUGGGUGUCCAAAAAUUAUAUCUUCUGCUAUAGGUUCUGGAGAAUAUCAUGGUUGUCCAUAUAAACACAUGGAUUAUGCAUCACUAAGACAAAAAUUAUUUAAUUAUGGCAUACCCGCAGCAAAUAUUAAUGAAAUAACAGACUUAGCCAAAGAUGGGCAUUAUCUUGGUGCUUGUACAGCAUAUUUUAAAGUUUUACAUAAUCGUUUACCUGAUAAACCUAUUAUUCAUCCAAAUGGCUAUUUUAUAGAAAGUCGAAACAUAUUGAGUAAAGACAAUGUAGCAGAAAUUGAAAACAAAGAAAGACUUUCACAAAGUGGAAAGAUGAAUGUUGGUACUCCUAAAAACAUCGAUAGAGGUAUGAGUACACCUUUGAGAAGUAUUGAUAGAGUCACUACAUCAUCGAUAAAAAGGGAAAGAACGAAUACGACUCCAGUUAGAGCAUCUAAAGCAACUCCGAAACGAAUAGAAAAUCAUCUCGAUGAUGAUGAUAUCGCUAAAUUAAUGAGUGAAGACAUGUAA